AUGAUGGUCGCGGGCGUCGUCCUGUUCUGUCAUGAGCUGCUGUCCGUCGAGCAGCUCCCCAUGGUGGGGAUCGUGACCCCGUCGCGUGCGCGUGAAGAGAUCGCCCGUCCCUUCCCGGUCGCUUUUGCGAGCAACCACCUCGACGGCCUCCUCAGCAAGCAAGUGCUUUGCCACCCUGCUGUCGAGCUGUUGUUCUCGACAAUCUUACUUUUCUCUCUGUUGCGUCGCAAGUGGAUGAAGAAGCAGCUUCGCGCCGAGUACGCGACGACCCAUCAGGCUCCGACCGUGCACGACCAAGAAGUGUUGAAACUGAUCGACCUUCGGCUGGAGUUGAACGAGGAUUUUGAUCUGCUGACGACGACGCCCUUGUCGAGCCCCUAUGAAAACGGCGCGGCAGCUCGUGUCGUGCAUGGGGUGCGCCGGAUUCUGUCGAAAUGGAACGCCUUCAUCGAGCAGCCUCGGAAGGGCGAUCUCGUUACUCUCGGGAGAACGAACCCUGGCCCAGAUGCGCUUCCGGUGUUCAUGGCCAAGCUGUUUUCGAGAAAGAUCGUCCAGGUUGAGGAGGGAGCAGGUGCGGGAGGGGGUGCCGACCACGAGGGAGGAGGCAAGGAGUCGGCACACGUCGUUGUUGAGUACAGCGUCGAGGAGGAGGAGGAGGAGAUCGAGGAGGAUACAUCGAGGCAGGCUCAGCACGGGGCGAGCGGCCGGGGCGGCGAUGCGAACAUGGACGAGGACUCGAGCUCGGGAUCGAGCUCCGGCUCGAGCUCGAGCGAUGAGUCGGACGAGGACGACGGCGAGGGCGCCGGACAUAGCACGGAGCGUACGGGAGAGCACGGAGUGGCGCUCGGGGAGCGGGUGGACGAGCGGGUGAAGCUUAUCGAGCAGCAGGCGACGGGGAAAACGAUGGCUGUAGAGGAGCAGGUGGGUGGAGCGGCUGCGCAGGAGGGUGGGGUCGGAGGGCAGCAGCAGGUGGGCGAGGCGGCUGCGCAGGAAGGCGGGGCAGGAGGGCAGCAGCAGGAGGGCGUGGCGGCUGCGCAGGAGGGUGGGGCAGUAGUGCAGCAGCAUGAGUUUAGGGUUGCGGCUGCGCGGGUGGGUGGGGCGGGAGGGCAGGAGAAGGAGGGCGGGGAGGCUGCUGAGGAGUAUCGUCGAGGAGAUGAGCGACAGGCCACAGUAACAAGGAGACACCGCACGGCCAGUGGCAGCGGACAGGCGGGCCCUUCGACCGGAGGGCCUUCGACGGCAGGCCAAUCGACGGCGAUUGGUGCACCCGGAGACCAGGUCGUCGAGCUUCUGCAGAGGGUCGAGAAGGUCGAGGCGUCGCAGAAGCAGCUAGUCACCGACAUGUUUGCGAAACACACUGAGCAAGCCGCAGUAUUCAACACGCUUGCUGCGGAUUUUCGGACGGCCUGGAAUACGAUUUCGGAGUCGUCGAAGAGCACACUGUCGCAGUGCGCCGAGGCUGUGAAGGGUGUCACGGCGGAGAGGAAACUGUUGGAAGGGGCGCGGGCGAAGAUCGACGAGAUGACCGGGAAGAUCAUCGAGGGGGUGGCAGCCGCCAUCACAAAAGCGAGCGAGGACGCCGUCGAGAAGCAGCUCAAGCAGGUCGAGGAGCGGCUCGUUGCUGCGGUGCUGAAGGGUUUCGAGAAAGCCAUGGCGAAGGACAUGUUCUGCUCCACCCUCCCUCCCGAGACCAUGAAGGAGCUGAAGGACAUUGUGAGGGAAGGCUACAAUGAAGCCGAAGAUGGGAGACUGGAAGCCCUCACCGAAGCGAUGGCGAGAGGUUUCCAGCGCUCGGCGGGCCCGUCGACGAGGUCGCGUCAGGAGGGUGUGGGAGGGGUUCGCAGCGGCGCUGAGCCUCGUGGUCACGAGCGGUCGGUUCCUCCGUCUUCUUCGGUGGGAGGACAUGUCGGCAGCCCGGUUGCAUCCCCACCGGCGCGUGGCCGUCAUCCCGUCGCCAAGCCCGUCGAGGAUAACGAGGUCAUCGUGCUCGACCAGUCGCCCCUCCCGAAGACCUCCGUAGCGGCUCCUAUCCCUCCACCUGAUGCGUUCGCUUCGAUGCGGGACAUGCUGCAGGGCCUGGGGAAAACGGGUGGGAAAGGAGUGGUUGCGGGGGAGAAAAGUGGUGCCCCGAACGAACACGUAGCCUCGACCGGGAAUAGAGCCCUUGGAAAGCGAGGUGCCUCUACCCCGUCCGGCGGCGGUGCGGGGAAAGGAGCGGGAGAGGCAACCGCUGGGUUGAUGUCGAAGAGUAAAGGAGCAUCAGCUGCGCAGAGCGGUGCUGCUGGCCGAGCUGUCGAGCAUGUGGGAAAUUGGGCGUCGUCCUCAACCCCUCCAGUUGCUCCUGUCGCCGCUGCUCCGGCCCUAGGCAACGUUUGCCUUAGCGAACCGGGCUCCCCUUCGACGUCGAAGAAGAAGCCGGCUGCGACGAAGUCGUCGAAGCGCUCUGCACAUGCGACAGAGAGCCUUGACGUCGUGGAGACGGCCAUCGUCCCUGGUCAGGCGCCUGUCGAGAAGACCACUAUUGUCGUUGCUGCUCGACAGGAAAAGUCGAAGAAGGCCAGGCUGAUGGGUUACACCCCACCUCCUCCCCCGGACGACCAAGGCAAGACGAGGGGCUGCAAAGCUCCCUUCAAAGGACAGGGUUUCGGGUUGCGGAAGGGGAAGCUCCGAGCAGACCGUCAGCGGGAGGAAGCGGUUCUUGGGACACUUCGACACGGAGAAGGACCAAAAGUGCUGUACGGCCAUCUGCUGGCGCGUGUACUUCCCCGACAUACUCCUUACCGAGUACGAAGCGUUUACGGCGCAGGAUGA